AUGUCCCACCCUCAACCGGUCCCUCGGCCGCCCGAGAACUCAGAACCGGAGGACGACGACUUGCUGGACGCAGAUGAAGCAGCCGAAGAAAUAGUAGACGACGACCAUGACCACCCAAUGGAUGACGAAGAUGACGAGGACAUAGAAGGCGACGAACAAGAAAUUCAACUGCAAAACGACUCUGCCGCGCAUUUCGACCACCACACAGACAGCAUAUUCUGUAUAGCGCAACACCCCACCAAUCCAGCUAUCGUGAUCACAGGCGGCGGCGACGACGUCGCAUACCUUUUUGACGCAUCGAUACCUACCACAACUCAAAACACCAACGCGCCUCAGGGCGAGAGAAAAAGCGUUCAACCCCUCCAAAAGCUGGACGGGCAUACCGACUCGGUCAAUGCAGUAGCCUUCACAUACCCCCGUGGUGAAUACGUGUUAACAGCGGGACUUGACGGGAAACUACGCGCAUGGAGGUCAUCAGAAGCCUCGGGCUCAAGAGAAUGGACAUUCGUGGCCGAGACUGCUGAAGUGGAAGAGAUUAACUGGCUAGCGCCAUCUCCGAACAAAGACCAGGAGAACGUAGUAGCCCUCGGCGCCAAUGAUGGAUCGGUUUGGGUCUAUCAGAUCAACGCCGACGAUAAAGCCAGUCCCCUCACAAUUGUGCAGGCGUUCUACCUCCACACUGCAUCAUGCACCGCCGGAGCGUGGACGCCAGACGGUUCGCUCCUCGCGACAGUCUCGGAAGAUGGCAGCCUCUAUGUUUGUGACGUCUUCUCUGCAGGUCAAGCCGUCAUCUCGUUUACCGCCGCAGACCAACGCUUUGAAGUUGAAGGCGGUCUUUACAGCGUCGCAUGCACUCCGUCGAUGGUUGCCGUGGGUGGUGCGGGUGGGAACAUCAAAGUUGUGGGCCUGCCACAAGCGGCGGAUCAGGCAAAGAAGAGCGGCGGCACCAAGGGCGGCGGGAGACAACAGCAGGCCUCUUCGGCAGGGCAGAUCCUGGCCUCCCUACAAGCCCAAUCUGACGGCGUCGAGACACUUUCUUUCUCUUCUCCACCCCUCAACAUUCUUGCCGCAGGAAGCGUCGAUGGCUCAAUUGCCCUGUUCGACACAGCCCAUCGCUUCGCAGUGCGGAGACAUAUCAAAGAAGCACAUGAAGAAUACGCGGUGGUCAAAGUCGAAUUCGUCAGGAAUCCACAAAAGGGCGGCUGGCUCUUGACCUCUGCGGGCAUGGACGGAGUGGUCAGGAGAUGGGAUGUGAGGGGAGGGACAACGGCUGCAGGGCAAGGGUUCGUUCAGGAGUGGAAGGGACAUAGAGGGGAGGGAGAAGGAGGUGGUGUAUUGGGGUUUGUACAAGGUGGGGGUGGAAACAGAAUUGUUACCGCCGGCGACGACGGCGUUGCGUUGGUGUUUAAAGCGGACAUUGCCUGA